AAAUAACAAUGUUUCUAUAUUAUUACAAAAUUGCCACUCAUUAUAUACUUGUUGUUUUUCUUCCCCAUUUGUCUCUCACUCGAAGCCGUGAACUGCGACUCCAAACGCCUCUCCGCCGUCUCCACUAUCGUCGUAUAGAGAACCGGUUGAGCCGCACAAGGGGCAGAAGAGAAAGAAAAAAUGCCUCUUUAUGAUUGUAUGCUUUUGUUGAAACCCAAUGUGACGAAAGAGGCAUUGAUGGACUUGGUUGCCCGAGUGGGAAAACACGUUUACAGUAGAAAUGGGGUUCUCGCUGAUAUAAAGUCCUUUGGCACUGUUCAGUUGGGUUAUGGUAUUAAAAAGCUUGACGGGAGAUACUACCAGGGCCAACUGAUGCAGAUGACAAUGAUGGCUACACCGAACAUCAACAAAGAGCUGCAUUACCUGAACAAGGAAGACAGACUGCUGCGUUGGCUUUUGGUUAAACACCGGGACACAAAAUUUGGGCUGGAUUUUGUUAGUGAAGAUGAUGGGAAGGGCGAGCUCAGUAAACUCACUCGGAGCAGCUUAUUUGAUGAGGACCUUGACGAGGACGAUGAGGACGAUGAAGAUGAAUAUGAGGUGGACCAAGAGGGGAAUAAAGAGAACUGAUGGCAACAGAAUUCUUUAUCUUUUUGCACUUUAAGCAGGGCAGAUCCAUUGGCAUUUUGCUUGAACUCGUCGGACAUGUUAUCUUAUGUUGGGGCAUGUUGCUUGUCCAGAUGUAUAAGAUCCAUGGUUUACACGGUGUCAUGUCAUUUAAAACUUUAAAUUACGUGGCAACAUGUAAAUUUUUAUAACUGUGAAAUCUAAUCUGGAUAAUAAAUGGAUUCUCUUUGUUUCACUUGAA